UCGUUGGCAGAUUGGCGACCCUGACGGUGAUGAUGCUCGAUGCACUGACGAUUCGUCGUAUUUUCGGUUUUAGUGACGUCUCGCGAUAAAGAGAGAUUCGGAGUUGAGAUUUAGCAAGUGCACAGUUGAUGAGCCGAGACUUCUGAAAAAACCCACGAGAAUUCGGCGACGUCGUCAUGGCCGAUAGUGAGCAGAAGGCAUUGCAAUUGGUGGCAGAGGCCGAGAAAAAGCUGUCAUCGUCGAAAGGCUUCUUUGGCGCACUGUUCGGAAGCUCAUCAAAAGUUGAAGAGGCAGUAGAAUGUUACCAACGAGCAGCGAAUAUGUUCAAGAUGGCAAAAAAAUGGAAUUCGGCGGGAAAGGCAUUUUACAGUGCGGGAGAUUUACAUGCAAAAGCAGGUGGCCGUCAUGAUGCAGCUAAUAAUUAUGUAGAUGCUGCCAAUUGUUUCAAAAAAUCGGAUACAAAUGAAGCGAUCAGUUGUUUGUUAAAAGCCAUUGAAAUUUAUACCGACAUGGGCCGUUUCACAAUGGCAGCAAAGCAUCAUCAAAGUAUAGCUGAAAUUUACGAAAGUGAUGCAGUCGAUUUGGAACGUGCAGUACAUCAUUACGAGCAAGCUGCAGAUUAUUUCCGUGGUGAAGAAAGUAAUUCCUCAGCAAAUAAGUGUCUUCUUAAAGUUGCACAAUACGCCGCUCAACUUGAAAAUUAUGAUAAAGCUAUUCAGAUCUAUGAGCAGGUUGCAUCUGCAUCAUUAGAAAGUUCUUUACUCAAAUAUAGUGCUAAGGAAUAUUUCUUCCGUGCUGCAUUGUGUCAUUUGUGCGUCGACUCAUUAAAUGCCCAACAUGCAAUUGAGCGUUAUCAAGAACAGUACCCAGCUUUCCAAGAUUCUAGAGAAUAUAAAUUAAUAAAGACAUUGAUAGAACAUUUGGAAGAUCAAAAUCUUGAAGGUUAUACAGAAGCUGUUAAGGAAUAUGAUUCAAUUUCAAGAUUGGAUCAGUGGUAUACAACAGUAUUAUUACGUAUAAAAAAGCAAAUUCACGAUAAUCCGGAUCUACGCUGAUCAGUUGUUUCUUAUAUUUGUUAUUUUCUGGCAACAAUAUUACUUCAACAUAGAUUUGUUUUUGAGUCGCGUCCUGCUUUCAAUGAAAACUAUAGUAUCAUUUUUAUAUAAUGGCUCACACAUUAUAUCAUCUUUUUGGGCUAUAAUCAUUCUCGACAAUUUUCAUUAUUUAUGUAAACAUUUUUUUAAAUCUUUAUGUCCAUCCACGAAAUUGUGGAAUAUUAUAGUCUACAAGAAUAUAGGGGAUAAUUAUUUUGAACAUCCCAAUAUCUUUAUACAUAUGUGUGUAUACAUACUGGUCAAAAAUAUUACAUCCAUCAUAAAAACACAUUACCAUUAUAUAAAUAUUGCCAAAUUAGAUUUUAUUACUGUUAUUUUAUGCUUCUUUUAAUUGUGACAAAAAAUUAAAACAUAUAACAAAUAUAAAAUUUUUUAUUUUUAUAAAUAGCCUUCCUUUGCUUUCAAUAUUACCACACAUUCUUGAUAAGUUAUUUUAACGUUGUGAUAUUUGAUUCCAGCGUAUUUGUAAAUGCUAUAAUUUUUUAUUAAUAGAUCUGAUUUAUCGGAUUCUCUUCCAAGUUCAUGCUACAAUAUGUGUUUAUUAAUUAAAAUAACAACUUCUCUGUUUUUAUAAGUGAUACAAUAUUUUUGAUCAGUAUUGUAUGUGUGUGUAUGUAUGUUUCAAUCUUUUGUUUUCAAUAUACAGGGUGUUUACGACAAUUAAUCGGAUCUCUGAUCGGACUGAGCAGUAGUACUCAGCGAUAGACUUCCUAAAUUUCCCUAGACUAAUCCGGAUCAAUGAUGUGUCUCUGAAGUAAUCGAACUAGAUUAACAGUCAUCGAAAGAAAUUGCGGUCGAGCUGAUCGAAAAAAUUGUGAAAAACAUCAUAAGAAAUUAUAGAAGAUACUUUAUUAUUCUUUU